CUCAUUUAUACACACAGUCUUUCUCUAAUCCCAGCACUGUGACUCUCACAUGAUGCGGGAAUGAUCAAAAUCUCAGCUACGCUCUUUUAUACUGUCUCUCUCUUUUGCAAGCUCUCCCUUUAACAUUGACCAGCAUGCAGGUGGGAACAGUCGGUCCCAUACCAGAAAUAUGAGAUGAGUUUCUUCUGGCUUUUAAGAAAGAUUUCUUUUUUGUGGAAGCCAAGGUCAGAAAUUCAAGAUGAUGUGACCAAACCGCUCAUAUCAAAGGUAACAACUAGAAAUGACGUUCAAUAUCUGGCGACCGAUAUCAGCACAGUGAGCCAAACCGAUUCAAGCUUAUCAAGCAAUGACAAACUGUCAUCCUGGACCUUUCCCUGUUUACAGACCCACAGUUCCUCCGAUCUGACUGACUUUCUGCUGAAAUAUGUCCUCUUCACUAGCAACCUAUUCUUCUCUGUGCUGGGCCUGGCCACCUUAGGGCUCGGGUUCUGGGGUCUUGUGAUCAAGGAGUCCUUCGCUCAGGAGAAGCUGGAUGGCCUUGGCACUGAUCCCAUGCUGUUUUCAGUUUUUCUGGGCUUGCUGCUUUCACUGCUUUGUCUGACAGGCUGUGUAGGAGCACUGAGGGAGAACCAGUGCCUACUGCGUACUUUCUCUGCAGUACUGCUGGUUCUUGUAGCUGCUCAGGUUCUGGUGGUCAUUGUGGCCUACAGCAUGCAGGGCUGGAUUACUCAGCUGCUGCGCUCAGGCAUGCUGACAGCCAUGACACGCUACCAGGCUGACCUGGACUUAAGGUUCAUUACAGAUGAGGUCCAGAUCGGGUUGCAGUGCUGUGGGGUGGAUAACUAUCGAGACUGGGAAGUCAAUCAGUACUUUAAUUGCUCCUCUCCAGGUGUGCAGGCAUGUGGUGUGCCUCCUUCCUGCUGCGUGGAUCCACUAGAGAACGGUACAGUGUGGAACUCGCAGUGUGGCCUCGGGGCACAGCAGCUGGACGAGUUCUCGGCUCAGAGUGUGAUUUUCCUAGGGGGCUGCAUGGGCAAUAUUUCACGCUGGAUCAACCUGCACUCUGGGAUUAUUGGCAUAGUAACAGCUGGCCUGCUCUCAGUCCAGUUCCUCACACUGGUCACUACUAAACGCUUGCUGGACAGGAUCCAAUGGAACAAAACACGAGGAUUUUGAAAAAAACACGUUCUUAAUGUUGCAUAAAGAAACGUCUUUGUCAUUGAGAAAUACAAGGUACAAAAGACAGGCAAGUUAGCUGUAUUCCUGCUGUAUAUUUACUCCUACUGUUUCAUAUCUCAUCAUAUUCUGUGUAUGUUUUACUACUCCCACAGCAAAAAA